CAAGGGCAAGAAGGGCAAGAAGGGCCGUCACCAGCAGUACGACCUGAUCGUCACCAUCGACCUCGUGGAGUAUGGCCUGACUGAGGAGCUGGUAGCUGAGUUCAAGGAGGCGUUCAUGCUGCUGGACCGGGACGAGGACGGCGUCAUCAGCAUGCACGAGCUGGGAGUAGUGAUGAAGUCGCUCGGCCAGCGACCUACAGUGACGGAGCUGGAGCAGAUGGUCACCAAGGUCGACCAAGAAGGCAUCGGUCAGAUCGAGUUCAACGAGUUCUUGCAGAUGAUGGCACGGAAGAUGUCCGGCAUGGAGAGUGAAGACGAGCUGAAGGAGGCCUUCAGAGUCUUCGAUAAGGACGAUGAUGGAUUUUUGUCGGUGGCCGAGCUGAGGCACAUCAUGACGUCAAUGGGCGAGAAGAUGACCAAGAAUGAGGUCGAUGACAUGAUCUCGGAGGCAGACAAAGACGGAGACGGGAAAAUCAACUACCAGGAGUUUGUCCAGGUGUUGACCUGCGGCUCAUCGCGCGAGUAGGCGGAACGAGGAACGUGAGCCCACCUGCUCUCGCAGCUCGCUGCUCGCCCAGAAGUCCUCCUGU